AUGGAAUUUCAUCAGCAUUGCAUUUUGCAAAAGCGAUCAAUGGCUUCUACAAACGAAAAGGUAAUAAGCAGCUACAUACCUGAUGAAAUUUCUUACUCAAUUCUAUCAAAGUUACCUCUUAAAUCUUUGAAGCGAUUUAAAUGUGUUCAAAAAUCAUGGUCUCUCUUAUGUGAAAAUCAUCACUUCAUGAACAUGUUCCUUAACAGGUUCUUAUCUUACAAUGAUCCAACAUCUCUCAUCCUUUUAAGGGUUCUUGAAAACAUAAAUGUUACCUGUGAAGAAAUUUUCUAUUCUUUUUCUGGUGAGAGGUUUGAGAAUAAGGUUAAAUUAGAUUGGUCAAGUUCACUUGAAAACCAUUUUGAAAUUACUGGUCUGUUUGGUCAACAUCUUAAUGGCACACUUUGUCUCUACGGGGAUUAUGGCGAAAUUGUAUUGUUGAACCCAACUACCCAAACAAUGAAGCCUCUUCCUGCCAGUGAGGCACAGUCAGUUGAGUUGUCUAUCCCAGAUGAGGCUUUUGGUUACGUUGAUUUACAGGUUGAGUAUUGUUUGGUUCACGGAUUUGGUUAUGAGCCUGUUAUAAAUGACUAUAAGGUCAUUCGGAUUUUAAUAUAUAAUUUACAAUCAUCAGCUCAAUCUGAUGCAGACUGGUUGAGUGACACAAAUUUUAAUCCUAUAUGGGAGAUAUAUAGCCUAAGAAGUAACUCGUGGAGGAAACUUCAUGUUAACAUGCCGUAUACAUGGGAAUGUACUGACGGCGCCCAAGUUUACAUGGAUGGAGUGUGUCAUUGGUUUUGUCGAAGUUAUAGAAACGUUGGACCAUGUUUGGUAUCGUUUUACUUGAGAAAUGAGGAGUUCUUGGUAACACUGAUACCCUCGGACAUAGAUAAUUGUUUUGAUUUUGAUGUUCAACCAUCAUGGAUAAACUUAGCGGUGUUAAAUGAGUAUAUUGCAUUGAUCUCAUAUCAUAAAGAGACGACUACUUUUCACAUAUCAAUUUUGAGUGAAUUUGGUAUGAAGGAAUCAUGGACUAAACUCUUAAUUGUUGGACCAUUGUCUUGCGUUCAAUGUCCUAUUAAAGUUGGGACAAAAGGAGAAAUAUUCUUCAUAAGAAAAGAUGCAGAACUAGUUUGGCUUGAUUUAAGUACCCAAAUGAUUGCGGAGGUUGGUUACAAAGAAAGAGAGGCUCGUAUUACUGAGAUAAUAGUAUACAAGGAAAGCAUUCUUCCAAAUUGAGGGAAUAAGUAAUUAAUUGUUUUUCUUGUUUUCACCAAGACCUCCAAGUUUACUCUAU